UCCCGCCGGGAAGUAAGAAAAAGAAGAAGAGACGCUAAAGAUUUUGUGCGACCGGAUCGAAAAUAUUGCGUAUUUUCCUGGGUAAAAGAGUAUCCCUUCGCAUAAAAGUAGCUCAAUUGUGCUCCCCCAUAUCUCAUUGCUGCAUUGCAUAGGUGAAGGUGAGAGAAAUUGCGGUAGAUUGGCGUGAAAUUGCAUCCCAGCGGCAAGAUGAGCAAGAAAGGUGACUCUCCGGAACCCCAGGAAGUAGAGGAAUAUUCCGUGGAGAAGGUAUUAGAUCGUCGAGUGCGAGGAGGAAAGGUGGAGUACUAUUUAAAAUGGAAAGGAUAUUCUGCUGAGGAUAAUACAUGGGAGCCAGAAGAGAAUCUCGACUGCCCAGACUUAAUUCAGGCGUUUGAGGAACAGAGACAGAAAAAGGAAAAAGAAGCUGGUGGCCGCAAAGAAUCAGAGAGCAAAAAGAGGAAAACAUCAACUCCACCAGCGACUGAGACUAAAGUGCCAGCCGCGAAGAAAAAGGACGUGAAGAAGGGAUCAAACCUUCAGGGAUUCGAAAAGGGCUUAGAACCUGAUAGAAUUUUGGGCGCCACGGACACUUCUGGUGAGCUGAUGUUCUUGAUGAAGUGGAAGGAUACAGAUGAAGCAGACCUAGUUCCAUCGAAACAAGCCAACGUGAGGUGCCCUCAUAUUGUCAUCCAAUUCUACGAGGAGCGUCUGACUUGGCACACACCAUCCAUUGACGAGAACUAGAUGGGCAUCCCUAUCGUAUGUGUGUAUGGUAAAAAAAGCAUAAAAAUCUGUUUUCAGUUUUUUUAUUCUUUCUUUUUAAUGAUAAAAAAAACAACAACUUAGAAUUUAAUUCCAAACUCAAUCACGAUGAAAAUGUAUCCAUAGAGAAGAGAACUUAAAAGUGCUUUUCGUGAGAAAGAAAAGCAAAAUCAAUUGGAAAAUGUAAUUUGAAAUGAGAUAAAAAAGAGAAGAUUAAUAUUCGAAACUUAGAAUUUGAAAACAGUCUCGAUUAUAUUGAAUUCAACUCACAAUUUGACAUUUUUUUCCAACAUUUCUUUUUUUGAUUUAAUAAAAUAUUGAAUAAUAAGAUAUGUACUCUUGAA